AUGUCCGGUCUGGAAGAUGCUGGCGAUAACACGACGCAAAUGAAGAAAUCUCCUCUGAGAUCUAAGGGCACUGUUUCAAAACCCAAACAUAACAGCAAGGCGUUCAAGAUCUCAAAUAGUAUCAUCACAAAGCAAGAUAUACAACCCAUCACUAUCAAAAUUACCCCUUCGUUACCUCCUUCCCCUGUGAAUUCCACAAGUCCCGAAGAAAACAACGGGGCACCCUCAACCACAACCAUACUUGACACAAAGACUAUAGAACAAGAUAUGCUUUUUACUCCAAUAACUGACCAAGAGGACGAUGAUGAUAUCGAUGAUAUUCUAUCACCUAUUCAUGCCCAACUACCUGUUUUCACUAAACCAUCAAAUCUCCCUACAAUAAACACACCUGCAUCUACUACUCUUAAUUCAAAUUACCUAGCACAUGGAACUGCCACAGAUGAUACAGAUUUUCUGCUUAGCAAUAAGGAUUUCUGGAAAACUGUAGAUUUGGCACCUGAUACGGUUGUCGUAGAUAAUGAUGCGCCGAGUCUACAUUUCAAAAAAGAAACGCGCUCAAAUAAUAAUACUACAACUACUAUUAAUAUUCAAAACAAUAGUUCGCUAACAACUAUUAUUACACAGGAUAAUUCACCGAAAAAUGCAGAGAUUUCGAUUGAUGAUUUCUUAACUACAGAAAAUACGGUUCAUUUGACUAAAGAUAAUAGUCAGUUGAUGGAGAAACAAAGAAGGAGAAAGAACAUAUAUAAUUUUGCAGGCUCAAAAAAAAACAUGGCAGGAAAAUUCACUUUCAGAAACUCCAUUAGAAGGAAGUCUGGUGUGUGGGAAAUGGUCUCAACUGGUAUUGGGAUCAACGAAUUCAUGAUUUGA